ACUUUAAAAGUAAUAUUAUAUUAGUGAACAGCACAGCGCAGCAUGGUGGCAAGGUUGUCUUCGAUUCUCUCUUCCAUUCAACACCUGAUUGAAAAUUCUACAGACCAAGAGAUUAAUGAUGCACCAGCUUCAAAUGACACUCCUUUGAUCCGAAGAUUGAAGUCCAACCUGAAGGUGUACAGAGAUUCCUCAAUAGUUAAUAUUGGAAAGCACUCACAUGACUCAAAAACACUCUCAAGGCAAGAUGCACUCAGAUCAGAGUCAUGGAUGCAAUCAGAGACAAUGCUUGUCUAUGUAGAGUUCACAAGAGAAAGCCUCUUUCUGUUCUCACUACUCUGUGAAACUCUUGAAGCUCUAGACAGGGCAGAUAAAGAAAUCAAAAUAAACAUGCAGCCUCCACCUGCACCCAAUGCUUUGCUGAGCACAGCUGACCUCAAGGCUGUUCAUGGACUACUGCAAUUCACUGUAUCGCUUGGAAUAUACCCAUAUCUGUCUCCAAACAUUGACAAAAUGCUUGAAUUGAGGCUCCCACAUGUUAGAUCGCUGGAGAAAAUGCAAGUACUUGUACCAGACAAAGUAAGGUCAUUCUUCUUGUACGAGUCUGUGAAGGUAUUUAUCAGUCUAUUUGAGAACUCGGUUCUCGGUGCUACAGCUUUAUCGAAGCAUUUGUGUGAUAUUCUAGCAGCCUUGAUUCAGAUUUGCUAUGCUCCACACUGUCUGCCUUAUUCCUCAUCUAACCUGACAUUUGGUGUCACAAAGAGCUCUGUGACAACCGUGGUUUCCCCAGGUGACAUUGGACCUGAAAACCAGCACAUCGCUUCGACUCAAGAAUCUUGCUCUGAUCAAUCAAAUCACAAUGAAAUCUCUGCCGUCCAACAAGAGUGGUGUGUUGAGGCUCUUCAGAGAACUGUCCGACAGUCUUACCAGCCGUUAGUUAUCAGGGAGCUGCUUGCCUUGCAGAAACUCUCUCUGCCUCGACACGGAAAAAGGUCAGCUAAAGUAUGCAGUGAUGAUUGGGUGCGCAGGGCGUGUGGACAGCUGCUGUCUGAACGCCUAAUGGAUGAGAAUGGAGUGCAGAAUAUUCUCAAGGCAAUUUAUGAUAUUACUGGAGGAGACAAUUGGAAGAAAUGCCGGGCUCUAGCUAUGGUGAUAGCCACCUGUCCAGCACAAGCUUCUUCUGUGGAGCAGUACUACUCACAUGUUUGCCCACAGGUGCUUAGUAUGCUCAGUUCCACUGAAACGGAUAUCUAUUUUAAAGUUGCUAUAGCAACAUUAUCAGUCAUGCUGACUAGGCAGAAGGACCUAGCGAUGCGGUACCUUGUUCAUCUGCUGGUGGAACCACUCUCAUUGUUGUGUUCAGGAUCUGACAUUGAUAGUAUAAAUGGAGACUCCCUUGCUGCUUCAAUUGAAAACCUACACAAGGUUGCAUGCGCAGUGGAACCAUCCUCACCUCUACUCCCUGUGUUGCUACCCUACUGUCCACUGCUCUUUCAUGUUUGGUUGGAAGGGUCCCAACCAAACAUACCAAAAACAAGUGUUCAGUCUAACGAGAUUCUCUGUCAAGUUCUGAGAGCUGCCAAUACCUGUGAAGUACUAGCUUUCUUCUGUUUUAUGAGUGGAUUUCAACCAUCUCAAACUGAAGCUCAACAAACAUUGUACAAGCAUCCAACUCUAUGCAUCCAGUACUCAAUAAUUGGCAACAGUCAGACACUGAAGGCCAGAACACUCACUGAGAAAGAGGUUUUGGGAAGAAGAAAUGCUGAAGAAAUGGAGCGAAUGGGGACUGGGAUAGUGGCUCUGUUGAACUCAGAACUCAAACAGGAGAACGUUAUUGGAGCAUUUUUCCUUCUCUGUUUGCAGCACCUCACUUCAAUCAUUUUACACCAAACUGGGUACACAUGUAGCUUCAGAGAAGAUGCUUUGAAACCUGUUUCACACUCUGAUCAGCAGCUAGAUGGCGGCCUUGCUCCAUCCGAAAGAAGCUCUGCUCUGCUAGACUGUGAGGCCAAGCUUCCCCUUUCUCAGACAGAGGCCUACACCAGUUCGCUUGUUUUGUAUAUCGCAGCCUCCAUUUGCGAGGAGCUCAGCUCUACUCUGUUACAGCAAGUCAGUCUACCAGACCUUCUCUCCAGCAUUAGUGCUCUAGUCUCAUGUCAUGCGAACUUUUGCAAAGUUAAAAAUGACAAGGAUCAUGUGAAAGUAGUUGCGAGCAAGGAACACGAGAUACUGGGUGGUUCCAUCACACUGGGCAUUGUGUUUGGCCUCCUGUCAGCCAUUCUCAGUGGAAUAGUUGCCGUUGAGAGACAACAUAGGGCUUUGUUAUCCCAGCUCCAGCCUUGUUUGAAUAUCAUAGCAAACAGUUAUCCUAAUGAGGAACUCUGUUUUCUGGCAAGUGAGCUACAUGUGUGUAUAGCCACCCUUGGGGCAGUGUGGUCGAGUGAGGUGGAACAGAGGGCUGCUGCACAGGUGACUAGUGCGAGGGAGGCUCUCAAGGAAAGUGUGUCAGUCCAGUGUCACACUAACAAGAAAACAGAAGAUAUUAAAUCCUCAACUCCCUCUGAAGCCACCAGCAAAGAAAACACUGACCACAUUCGCACCUCUAGAAAGGAGACUUUGGAAAAUGCGCAUGCUCACUUGUCAACCCCGUACCUAGUGGCGAUGCAAGAAGUUAGUGACCCUCUCAUACCAGUUAUGGGUCAUGGCCUUCUCUCCCUCACAAAGCUGAUUGCCACAAGAGAUCCGGAGUCCUUGUCACACUCACGCACUCUCCUCUCUGUGUUUAUCGGAUGUUUAAAGCACCCAGACUCGUACGUCUACCUGGCUGCCAUUAACGGAUUGGUUUCUCUAUCAAAAAUACCCGAUGCGUGUGACUAUGUCAUUUCUACUUUAUGUCAAGGUUAUGCGCAAUUGAAUUGCCCUUCUUCACCCAAAAGGGAUUCUAUUGUUGACCUGGAAACUGGACAGUUAAGAACACAUCCUACAAAUUCACCAAUAAACAAAAGCAAGUCACCAUCUAAGAUUGACCCAUCUGGAGGCUUUAGGAAUGAGAAGCUUAGUGUGGAAGUAAGGAUGAAGCUUGGUGAAGCACUGGUUAAGGUGGCUUGGUCAUGUGGUGAACUCUUGCCUCAUUAUUUGGACCAAAUUACUUCCUCUAUUUUCUCCAAUGUCAAUGACCCUGAGCCUUUGAUAAGAGCGAGCAGUCUCUCAAAUCUGGCAGAAAUUUGUGCUGAGGUCAAGCACUCUUUCAGCAGAAUAAAAAAUGAGGUGCUGAGUUGUGUAACAAGCAUUCUACAGACUGACCGAGAGGUCAAAGUACGGCAAGCUGCUCUAUUGGUUCUCAAACUGACUAUCAGAAGUCUAUCUCAAGAUGCAAUAGAAGUUCUCGGUGAAGCAUUGCCUGAUAUGUACCGCCUGCUCAAGUGUGUGGAGAGUAGAGAGAGAGAUGAACUGACCCGAGCUCAUGCCCAGGCUGCCCUGGGAGAACUAGACAGAGUUAUGAAGAACUUUAUAUUCCCCCAUGAUAGUAAGGAACUCAUUAAGAAGAUUUCUAUACUGGAUUUUGUGUGAACCUACAUUAUAUUUUACUUAUGCACAUUUAUUCAUCCUGAUUUAUUGCUCCUGCUUGAAUGACAGGGCUUUACUGUGUAUGUCAACUACCAUUCCA